GCUUGCGCGUGAGCAUGUUUGGACAAAGCGUCCAUUCAUUUUCAAGUUAAGGGAUGAUUUAAAAGCUUGUUUUUAAUGAUGACGCUGAACACGGAUUAGCGUGUGUACAUCGUAUAUUUGCACGUGUAUAACAUAACCAACAAUGAAGCUACUUCACAGGGAUAUUGAAAAAGACAACACCGGCCAGGUGACUUUGAUGCCAGAGGAAGCAGAGGACAUGUGGCACACCUAUAACCUGCUGCAAGAGGGUGACAGCUUGAGGGCCUCCACCAUUAGAAAAGUACAGACAGAAUCCAACACCGGAAGCGUGGGCAGCUCCAGAGUUCGGACUACCUUAACGUUGUGCGUGGAGACCAUCGACUUUGACACACAGGCCUGCCGGCUGAGAGUAAAGGGGACCAACAUCGAGGAGAACCAGUAUGUCAAGAUGGGGGCGUACCACACUAUCGAGCUGGAGCUCAACAGGAAGUUCACCCUGGCUAAAAAGAGCUGGGACAGCGUAGUCUUAGCCAGAAUUGACGAAGCGUGCGAUGCCACGCAGAAGGCAGACGUGGCGGCGGUGGUGAUGCAGGAGGGUCUUGCCAACCUGGUGCUGGUGACGCCCGCCAUGACGCUGCUGCGUGCCAAGGUGGAGCUCACCAUUCCUCGCAAGAGAAGGGGCAGCUGCACCCAGCAUGAGAAGGCUCUGGAGAGGUUCUACGACGCAGUAAUGCAGGCUAUACUGCGCCACAUUAAUUUUGAUGUGGUCAAGUGCAUCCUGGUGGCCAGUCCUGGCUUUGUGAAGGACCAGUUCAUGACGUACCUGUUUAAAGAGGCCGUGCGACAAGACAACAAGCUGCUGCUGGAGAAUCGACCCAAAUUCAUGCUGGUCCACGCAUCAUCCGGUCACAAGUACUCGCUCAAAGAAAUCCUCUCGGACCCCACAGUAACAAACAGGCUGUCUGACACCAAGGCUGCUGGAGAAGUGAAAGCCCUGGAAGACUUCUACAAGAUGCUCCAGCAUGAGCCUGACAGAGCUUUUUAUGGGGUGGCUCAUGUGGAGAAGGCUGCAGACGCCCUCGCCGUCGACACUUUAAUGAUCAGCGAUAAGCUGUUCAGGCAUCAGGAAGUCCCUACCAGGGCUCGCUAUGUCCGCUUGGUAGACAAAGUAAGAGACAGCGGCGGCAAUGUCAGAAUAUUCUCCAGCCUUCACGUCUCGGGUGAACAACUGACUCAGCUGAGCGGUGUGGCAGCCAUCUUGCGCUUCCCUAUCGCCGACUUUUCAGAGGGAGAAGAUGACAGCAGCUCAGAUGACGAUUGAUGAUAGAAAUAUUGCUGAUUAAAAGAGACACAAAUUCAA